AUGCUCCUCUACCAUCCCUUGCUUAAAUUACAAUUUAAGUGUACCUACCGAGCCUGGACGCUCAGCUCACAGCUCGCAUCAUUUCCUUCCACCAGCUUGUUGCUUAGAUCCGGAAGCUCUUCCCCCAGGCAAGCCACCGUCUACUCCAAGUCCCUUCCAGUUGCCGAGGAGCAUUCCGCUGUCCCCACUUCUCUCCUGAGCAGCUGGGGCUCAUCUACCUUCACAACACCUGUAGCCAAUAGCUGCCUUUUCGACAACACAGGCUGCGGAGGGGCUGGAGGCGACGGCCGGGCCCAAGCGAGCAGGAGUUCGGUGGCCUCACCUGUCUUCAUUCACCAGCGGCGACCGGCGACAGCGGGCAGUGCGUCAGGCAGAGAGAGCCGCCGCCAGCCCAAGCAACAGCAGGAGAGACAACCUGACAUAGGGAAGUGGGCACCGCUAUACAGAGAGAGAACUACAAAGCAUCCUCAGUGCAGUAGGACCCCUAAUCCAAAGUCCCUAUACUUUUAUCAGAGUGCACAACAGAGGAACAUAGCUCAAGAAACUAAUCACAGCCAAGUGCCUAUACUUUGUUCCACUGGCUGCGGAUUUUAUGGAAACCCUCGUACAAAUGGCAUGUGUUCAAUAGGUUAUAAAGAACAUCUUCAGAGACAGAAUAGUAGUAAAGGCAGAAUAAGCCCACCUGCACCUUCUGUCAAGUCUGAGUCUUUACCAGUUCGGGGCACAGAUGGCAGUGUCCCAGAAGCUCAGUCGGCGUUAGACUCUACAUCUUCAUCAAUGCAGCCAAGCCCUGUAUCAAAUCAGUCACUCUUAUCAGAAUCUGUAGCAUCUUCCCAAGUGGACAGCACAUCUGUGAACAAAGUAAUACCUGAAAAAGAAGACCUGCAAGCUUCAGGAUCAGAAACCACACAGCAGCCAACUGAAGAGCAAAGUAAGGCUCUUGAAAAACCAAAACAAAAAAAGAAUCGCUGUUUCACGUGCAGGAGGAAAGUGGGACUUACUGGGUUUGAAUGCUGGUGUGGAAACGUUUACUGUGGUGUACACCGUUACUCAGAUGUACACAAUUGCUCUUAUAAUUACAAAGCUGAUGCUGCUGAGAAAAUCAGAAAAGAAAAUCCAGUAGUUGUUGGUGAAAAGCUCCAGAAGAUUGGAACUCCUGCUGGAAUACAAAACCCUUUGACCAUCUGCAAACUAAAAAUUGACUUGAGGUUUCUCUUCCUAGUCACUGGGAAUGUAGAGCAAUGUAUCUUGCAUAGACCUUUUAAUCAUGCAUGUCAUCAGAAUAGAUUUUAUUUGUUUUGA